GGCCCUCUCACUUGAGUCCCAGGCUUGUCAACAGGUGUCCCGGAGAACAGCAACAGACAUCCCUUUUCUUAAACUUGUAGUGACAGGAUAUUAACUUGUCAGAGAAAAUUGCAACGCCAUGAUCCUCAGACUAAACGGGUGGGCGAGCGCUUUCCUCCUAUUGGGGGUGCUGUGCAAACUCACCUGCCUCGGCGUGGCGGACGACCCCGCCGCCCCCACCGCCCCCAGCGAGAAGGGCGUCACCUUCAGUCACGUCUACAAGAUCGACCUCGCCAAGAGCUCCGACUGUAAGAUGCUCCCAGUGCAAGACCAGGCGGGGGAGGUGCAGGGCUCCACUGACACGGUCACCUUGGACGGGGAGAACGACAUUGUGUUCAGGCACAACAUCCGCCUGCAGUCACCCAGGUGCGACUGCGAGGACUCGGAAGCCUUCAAGUCCCUGCUGUACCGUGUCAAUGGCCUGGAGGAGGAAGUGACGUACCUGAAGACCCAGUGCUCCCAGGGCUGCUGCAGCAGAGGAGCAGGCGUGGACACCUCCUGCAGUGGGCACGGGACAUUCCAGCACGACACCUGCAGCUGCCUGUGCGACCCCGGCUGGCAGGGGCCAGACUGCUCCACCACCACCUGUCCGGACGAGUGCAACGACAACGGGCGCUGCGUGGACGGCCGCUGCGUGUGCUACGAGGGCUACACGGGCGAGGACUGUAGCCAGCUGCGCUGCCCCAACGACUGCAGUGACAAGGGCCACUGCGUGGACGGCCGCUGCGUCUGCUUCGAGGGCUUCACGGGCGACGACUGCAGCCAGCUGCGCUGCCCCAACGACUGCCUGGACAACGGCGUCUGCGUCAACGGCGUCUGCGUCUGCAACGAGGGCUUCUUCGGGGACGACUGCUCCCAAGUGAUGGGACCUAAAGGUCUACGCCUCCUCAGAGCCCUGGAGGAGUCCCUCCUGGUGGAGUGGGACUCUGUGACGGGGGCCGAGUACUACAUGCUCACCUACUACCCAGAGGGAGACGAGGGCGCCUUGCAACGUGUCAGAGUGCCGAACACUGAGAAUUCCUACCUAAUCACCGGCCUGACCCCUGGGGUGACAUACAUUGUGCAGGUGUAUGCAGUCAUCAAGGAAAUCACCAGUAAAGCUGACACACUGGAGGCUACCACUGUGGUCUCCUCGGUGGACAGUAUCCGCGUGCUUGGCCAGACGGAGGACUCCAUCCAGGUGGACUGGCAGAAUCCGGCGGCUGAGAUCGACCACUUCAAACUGACCCAUGCCAACCCCGCGGGGCAGGAGGAAGAGGAGAACGUCCCCAAGAGCCAGGAGGCCAGGACCAAGCACACCAUCAUAGGCCUCUACCCGGGGACUGAGUACCUCAUAACAGUCCAGGCCAUCAGAGGGACCUACGAGGGAAAACCGUCUUCUGUCACAGGAGUUACAGACAUCGAUGCCCCCACUAACCUGGUGACCAGAGAAGUGACAGAGAACACAGCCACUGUGUCGUGGGACAGAGUGCAGGCUGACAUUGAUGGCUACAUGAUCAGCUACGUCUCUGCUGACGGCUCCAGCAAGGAGUUCCGAGUGGGGGCGGACAGCACCUCCUACAGACUGACUGGACUGAAGCCUGGAGUCAUCUACACUGUGUACAUCUGGGCCUUCAAGGGCUCCCGCACCAGCAGGAAGAGCUCCACAGAGGCUGAGACCGAAAUCGAUGCCCCUGCUAACCUGGAGACCACAGAGGUGACAGAGAACACAGCCACUGUGUCGUGGGACAGAGUGCAGGCUGACAUUGAUGGCUACAUGAUCAGCUACGUCUCUGCUGACGGCUCCAGCAAGGAGUUCCGUGUGGGGGCGGACAGCACCUCCUACAGACUGACCGGGCUGAGGCCUGGAGUCAUCUACACUGUCUACAUCUGGGCCUUCAAGGGCUCUCGCACCAGCAGGAAGAUCUCCACAGAGGCUGAGACAGACAUUGAUGCCCCCACUAACCUGGCGACCAGAGAAGUGACAGAGAACACAGCCACUGUGUCGUGGGACAGAGUGCAGGCUGACAUUGAUGGCUACAUGAUCAGCUACGUCUCUGCUGACGGAUCCAGCAAGGAGUUCCGAGUGGGGGCGGACAGCACCUCCUACAGACUGACCGGGCUGAGGCCUGGAGUCAUCUACACUGUCUACAUCUGGGCCUUCAAGGGCUCCCGCACCAGCAGGAAGAGCUCCACAGAGGCUGAGACAGACAUUGAUGCCCCCACUAACCUGGUGACCAGAGAAGUGACAGAGGACACAGCCACUGUGUCGUGGGACAGAGUGCAGGCUGACAUUGAUGGCUACAUGAUCAGCUACGUCUCUGCUGACGGCUCCAGCAAGGAGUUCCGAGUGGGGGCGGACAGCACCUCCUACAGACUGACUGGGCUGAGGCCUGGAGUCAUCUACACUGUGUACAUCUGGGCCUUCAAGGGCUCCCGCACCAGCAGGAAGAUCUCCACAGAGGCUGAGACAGAAAUCGAUGCACCCACAAAUCUUAAAGCAUCAGGUAUCCAGCGGGACAGUGCAAUGCUAACCUGGAAGCCCCCACUGGCCGCCAUUGAAGGAUAUAUCCUCACAUACAAAGCAGAGGAUGGCAGUAGUCAGCUGGUGGAGAAGCAGCUGGCCAGGGGAGAGAGGAGGAUUUCCCUGACUGGCUUAGAGACAGGGAAGAAAUACACUGUCACCCUAAUAGCCUACAGAGGAGCAAAGAGGAGCAGAAUGGUGGAGAUCGCCUUCAGCACAGUGGGUCUGGCCUUCCCCUUCCCAAUGGACUGUACUCAGAUCAUGAAGAAUGGGAACACGGAUAGCGGAGUCUACACUAUUUAUGUCAACAAUGACCGCACCAAACCGAUGCAGGUGUUCUGUGACAUGACCACCGACGGAGGUGGCUGGGUGGUCUUACAGAGGCGAACCAACGGGAAACUAGACUUCAUGAAGCGCUGGAGACAGUACAUCCAAGGCUUUGGGAAUUUUACUGAGGAAUUUUGGCUGGGCUUGGAGAAGAUCCAUGAGCUGACCAACACCCCGACUCAGUAUGAGCUGCGUGUGGACCUGAGGCUGGGCUCUGAGUCUGCUUAUGCUGUCUACGACAACUUCAAAGUUGCACCAGUCAGGCAGAAGUUCAAGCUGACUGUUGGCAACUACAGAGGCACCGCUGGUGAUGCAAUGACCUACCACCAGGACAGGCCCUUCUCCACAGUUGACUCAGACAAUGACAUCGCCCUUGGCAACUGUGCCCUGACGCACCGCGGAGCCUGGUGGUACAAGAACUGCCACCUUGCUAACCUGAAUGGCAAAUAUGGGGAUAACAGGCACAGUGUGGGAGUGAACUGGGAGCCGUGGAAAGGCCACCUCGUCUCCCUCGACUUCACUGAGAUGAAGAUCCGACCCGUUGGUGCAGCCAUGGGGAGGAAGAAGAGGUCGCUGGGAAACAAGAGCAGAACAGCACAUGCCAAAUAGACCCACCAGGGGGCAGCAAAGAGCACUGGGACUGUCACACACAUUUCAUGCUCAAAUAAGGCCAAAUAUAAGCACCUCACAAAACAAGAACCACCCCCUCUAUUUCUACACACCACUCUGGAGCAUGGCAAUCCUGCAGAAUUCCUACAUUUCUCCAUCCAGGGGAGUGCAGAGUGCAUGUAGAUCAUGGUUUCUUGCACUCAUUAGCCCCAUAAUUGAUCCAAUUAAGUUAUUAAGAGUUCAGGCAGAGCAUGAACCAUUGGAAAAUCUGGCACUCCCUGACGAGGGUGGCUGGUCUCUCCUCCAUACAUCUGAACCCUGCUUGUUCGGUACAUGCCUAUGCUUUGAAUAGGACUUUUCAACCAUAUUUUGAUAUUAUUUUCUGCAUAGGGUCCUACACUGUGAGAACUACACUUUCAAAAGUAUUACUACAUAGCCUGUCAACACCAUCCGUGCUAUGCGUGCUAUGAGACAUUACUGCGAUAUUCUGAUCUGGUAUGUCCUUGGCAACACAUAGGUGAUACAUCACAACCUAUUACAAUCUGUUGGUCGGCAUCAGCAUUCACGAAAGCUUAUGUAGCGCUUACGAAGAUAUUAUGAAAAUGUCAGAAUCCUUCAGAGAAAGAACUAACCCUAUUUCUUUAUAUAUAUGCAGAAGUGCAGGGGUAAAAUGUACAUGUUGUUCCGCGGGGUCAAGGAAGCUUUCUUAAGUCCUCUGAUACCAGCUCCCGCUCAAAUAAGAGGAAGCAUCGCACACAGAUGCAGAGGAGUGCCGAAUGCUAGCUGUCAGAAGCUGUUGGAUCACAGGGCCCCCGCUCUGUAAUUGCUGUAGCCUCAGACUGUUCACAGGGCUGACUGUCUGUUCGUAUCAUAAAGCCACACGAGGAGCUGUCGUCAUCUUGUCAGGAUCACCGCCCGCUCUCAUUCUGACGGCCCCAAAUCUGUUAUUCCCAGGCCUGCUCUCUUAGGAUUUUGUGACCCUCUUUUUUUUUCUUUUUUUUGGCCCAUGACGUGUUAGGGCACAGACUUGAGACAUUUCAAAUAUCCUCUUUGAAAUCCGUGUAUGUUGUACGUUGUAUGAAAUAUCCUCAGCUAAGAUGUUUGUAAUAUAUACUGUGGGUGUUGUGUUGUGUUUGCGCCCUGUGCCAAACUGUCACAUACUUUAACACUCAUUAGGUCCCUCAAAAUGUAAUGCAUUGUUUAUUAGAGUGCUAAGAUGGAGGAUGUUAAGCUUGAUAUGUUGACUUCAUUGUUCUGUUUGUACUCUGAAAUGGAAAACACACAG